UCUCAGCUUCACAGUUGGAAGACGUGAAGGACUCACUUGAAGUACGUACAACAAGCUGCUCCAAAAAAAGCCAAAAUCACUGGAAUACAAUGGGCAUUGAAGUAGUUGACUUUGGCUCAUUUGGCUUAGGAAAAGAUGAACCAUCAGCCAUCGAAAUGGAGCAAAUAUCCACAGAGGUCAUCAGGGCUUUAACAGACAUUGGAUUUGUAUACCUGAAAAACACUGGAAUUGAAGAUCAAAAGAUAUUUGAAGUGAUGGACAUCUGCAAGAAGUUCUUCAUGCUUCCAAGUAAUAUUAAACAACAAUAUGCCCAUACAAUGGACUCUGAAUCUCUAAGUCAUGGCUGGGUUGCAGCAGAUAUAGAAAGAUUAAAUCCUGUGCGGCCUGCAGACCUGAAGGAGGCCUUUAACAUAUCAGCAUUAUCUUCACAUGUUAAAUGGCCUGUUAUUAACAACAAUCCUGAGUUUCGGGAAUGCCUGGAAUCAUUCUUCAAAAUGUGUCAGCAGCUGUCAAUAAAAAUUCUGAAAGUGAUUGCACUGGGCCUGGGUCUUGACAGGGAUUUCUUCAUCAACAAGCACCAAAAUAUGGGCAGCAAUCAAAAUUUUACAACGCUUCGAGCUCUAUAUUAUCCAUCAGUACAGAACUCCUCUGUGAAGGAUCAUCAGAUCCGAUGUGGAGAGCAUUCCGAUUUUGGAACAUUCACUUUACUCUUCCAAGAUAAGAAUGGAGGGCUAGAGGUUAUGCACAGGUCUGGCCAAUUCAUUGCUGCUCCCUACAUCGAAAAUACCGUUCUCAUCAACAUUGCUGAUCUUCUGCAGAGGUGGACAUCUGACAAAUUAUUAUCAACGGUUCACCGAGUCGUCCUUCCAAAGUCUGAAGACAAGAUGUGCAGACCUAGACAGUCAUUGGCUUUCUUUGUUAGUCCAGACAAUGAUGUGAUGGUCACAUGCUGUAAUGGACCUCAGAAGUAUCCACCCAUCCUGGCUCUGCAGUACAUACAGGACCGUAUGAAUUCUUUGCAUAAAAUGUAACACACUCCUGAUCUAAGGAGUGAAUGCAUUGGCAAUUGUGAGGAGAGGCUUCAAGAUUAUAUAGAAGUCACAAAAUUAAAAGGGCAUUUGAUGAGAUUUUUAAUAAAAGCUAAUAAUCUGACUAUUUAAACUAUGAUUUCUGAAGGUCAAUUGGGGACAUGAGUUUUUGAUUUCAUACUAACACUUUGGUCUUUUAGUUUGUGGAGCUCUGUGUCUCAUCCAAGCUUCUGUGAGGACACUUUGAGGGGUGAAGGGGCAUUAAUUGCCUUAAAUGAAAGAAGUAGACAAUUCUGAAAGGCCUGUUUCCACACUGUAGGGAUUCUAUGAUUCAAUGAUUCUAACUUACUGCUUGUUAGCUUUAGUCUCAGAAAACCAAGAGCUUGACUAUGGGGGAGGUAUUUAGUCAAACAAAUAGGGAGGAAUUAAUACAGCAAAUUUGAAGCAUUUUCCAGAAUUUAUAAUUAAAAAAUAAAUGUUCAGUUGUUUGAUAAUGUACUUGUAUGUUUCAAAUCAAAAUGUGACUUUAUAAACUUUUCUUGUGAUAACUUCCUCUCCUUCAUGCCAUUUAUAAAUAGGUUUUGCCUGUCAACAUUUUCAUUAAAAAGGCGAGUGC